AUGGUAGCUAAGCCUGUGAAAAUUAUUGCACAAACUGAUCUUGUCAAAUAUAUGUUGAGUUCUCCAAUAUUGCGAGGUAGUUUGGGGAAGUGGAUGUUAACUUUGACAGACUUCGAUUUACAAUACAUUCCAGCAAAGGCUGUGAAAGGUCAGGUUAUUGCAGAUUUUUUAUUUGAUAAUUCAAAUAAUCUGAAUGACCAGGGGGCAAAUGUGCUUGACAUUAAAGUCGAUUAUUGGAAGUUAUAUUUCGAUAGAUCGAAGCACAAAGAUGGUGCAGGAGUAGGAAUUCUCAUUAUUUCACCAGAAGAAAUUUCAUCGGAAUUUCUGUUUGAGUUAAAUUAUCCUUGCUCAAAUAAUAUGGCAGAAUAUGAAGCUUUAAUUUUAGGCCUUGAAAUUUUGAUUGGAAAAGGGACUUUGGAAGUCCAGAUCUUAGGAGAUUCCCAAUUGGUAUUGAAACAGUUAUCGAAAGAGUUCAAAUGUAAAAAUGAAAAGUUGCAAAAAUAUUUGGCAACGACUUGGGAGUUGUUAACAGCCUUUCAAAAAGUUUCAUUGGUCCAUAUCCCGAGGAUCCAAAACGAAAUUGCUAAUGAGUUGGCCCAAAUAGCUUCAAGAUAUAGAAUAGGCCCAGAAACACUAAGAAAGUUGGCAAAUAUCCGUCAAAUAUUAGUGCUUGUGGAUGAAAGAGAAGCUUUGUGUAUGGAUGAAAGGGAAGAUGAUGAUUGGAGGAAACACAUUGCCGAGUAUUUGAGGAAUCCUAGUACUCAAUUCGAUAGAAAAACAAAAUUGUGA